GGUAAAGAUGAAAGAUACAAGGAUUAGUUGAUUCCAUAGAUAUAGCCUUUCAUUAGGUAAAGGAGCUCUCCCCCCGCCAUCUUCUCUCUCUUUCUCUUUCUCUCUCUGGAGAAACCGAAAGGGAAGGGGGAAAAAAUUACGAUUCUAGCCGGAAGGAAUGAACAGGCAAAGAAGAAAGAAGAAGAAGAAGAAGAAACGAAUCGCUAGGGGAGAGAGCUGCACUGAAUGUCGAUUACCCUCCAAGUGGAAGAAGAAGAAGAAAAGAAAAGAGGAGGAGAAGAAGAGGAUAAACGACAACAGCACGACGCCGAGACCGAUCACAUUCUCAUCUCGAUAAUCAACAAAGCAAACGACGAUCACGUCGGCGACGGCGGCCGGACCGGCGGCGGCUUCCAUUUCCGAAAACCCAAUUCGCACCUCCGUUUCCUUCUUGGCCAUCUUGGCCGGAGAAGGUCCCAGGCUGCAGCAAUGCCAACUGGGAUCUUAUGCGGGUUGAGGCCAUUUCUAUUGGGACGCAAAAUCUUUCGACCCGAGGCGGGGAGAGGGCACUCGAGCAAGAGGGAGAAGAAUCCAGCACCGAGGCCUAAGCAGAAUGGCAGGACUCGGGGCGGGUCGACGGGGCUGUUCAUCCUGAUGAUGGACCUCCGGAAGAAGAUCAUUCUGUUUAGGGAUGUAUUUGACCUGCCGCCAUGUGAUGUCUCUGCUUCCAUAAAUGAACUGGUGACGGAAACCAUGAGUGAUCUUAUCAGUCUCUACCCUGAAAUCCUACCCAUCAAAGAUUUGUCAGAGAUCAAGGAAGGAGCUUCAAUUCACGAGGUUUUGAUAUACUUGUGUGGUGCUUUAAGAUCUGUUGGAGACGCUUGGGUGACGAAUCACGAGUGGAUGGACCAAUCAACAUUAUACAAACAGAACAACAUGGAUGAACUGAACUCAGAACAACUAGUUGAGCUUGCAUUGGCAACACUGAAUUGCUUAAUCAAAAUACCAAAGAAGAAGUCUGAUCACGACGCAGCAGAUGAGGACGAUGAUCAUAGCAACGAAAUCGAACCUGCAGAUAGCAGCAGCCCAGCAACAACUGAUCAUGACAAGUUCUUAGCAGGGUCUUACUCGGAGACCAACACUCCGUUCAGUGCUUCCCCAGUCACUCCGACGUCGGUUCUUCCUGGGCUGGUCACGUCAUGUCCUUCUCCCAAGGAGGAAGAGUUCUCCAACUUGUACUGCUCAUCGCCGUUUCUCCGGUUUCUUAGCAUUCAAGCAGUCGGGAAGCUGAAUCACAUCGACAUAAAGCGUCUGUCUUUCCACUUGUUCCCCCAUGGUGCUGGAUCUCAUCACGCCAGCAACCAUAAGAACAAUGUCAGUGAUGGUAAACUGGCUGAAACGGAAGCAAAGAGCAACGAGGGCAUGGUGUUUGAAAUGGACGGAAGCCAUGCAUCUGAGGAUGAUGAUAAACCUUCUGGGACCAAGAAUGAAGAUAAACCAAACAGUGCAAUGGUUGACGAGGUUCCCACAAUAGCACGUCCCCAAGAGCUCCUGAUGUUACCACCUGUUCCAUUGCCUGAUGUUCAUAUGCCUUCACCAGUUAUCUCAGAAGACUUGCGAAUGAAGGAAGAGGAAGCCACGACAGGAUCAACACCUCCUCCUCCUCCACCACCUCCGCCACCACUGAGCUGGCAGCCGGAGACAAAGAUAGGUACCCCGCCACCCAAACCUCCACCACUACCACCAUUCCCUUUAUGGGAUACAUUGAACACGAAUGUGGUUCCUCAGCCUCAGCCUCAGCCUCCACCACCACCACCACCGUCGGUGACAUCAGAAAGGAGUGCGGUUCCUCAACCUCCACCACUACCACCGCUGCCUUCAUGUGCCACGCUUACAAAAGCUGAAGUUCCUCAACCUCCACCACUUCCACCUCCAUUUCUCACUAGAAGUCCACCUGUAUCCCACCUUCAUUUCCCAUCGGCUGCUCCACCUCCGCCUCCCCCACCACUUCCUGUUUCGAACUCUGAAGUAGCUACCACAAGUACAACAUCACUUCCACUUCCGCCACAACAACCCCCUCCACCACCUCCAGGGUUGAAUUCCCAAGCUUCACCACCACCGCCACCGCCACUACAGAAGAUAUCUGAAGGGGAGAAACUAUCCUCAUCAUCUUCAUCAUCACUGCUAGUAGCACCGCCACCGCCACCACCAGCAAGGGCAGCUUCAAUUGGAUCAGCUUCAAGCAGGGCUCCACCACCUCCACCGUCUGGACCGGGGGCUCCUCCUCCGCCACCACCAAGGGCAGCUUCAAUUGGUUCAGGUUCAAGCAGGACGCCACCACCUUCACCGUCUGGACCGGGGGGUCCUCCACCUCCUCCACCAGGUGGUGGAGCUAAACUACUAGGGCCUAGGAAGGCACAAACUAAAUUGAAGAGGUCAAGCCAAAUGGGUAGUCUGUACAGAAUUUUGAAGGGGAAGGUAGAAGGAGGGAAUCAAGUCAAGUCACAAAGUGCAAGAUCGAGCUCAAAAUCCAGCAGCAGUGGUGGUGGGAAGCAAGGAAUGGCUGAUGCACUCGCCGAGAUAACAAGGAAAUCAGCAUACUUCCAACAAAUUGAAGAAGAUGUCCAGACCUACGCUAAAGACAUAGCAAAGCUCAAGACCGAAAUCAGCAACUUCAAAACAAAGGACAUGACAGAGCUGGUCAACUUCUACCACCACGUCGAAUCCAUUCUCGAGAAUCUUACCGACGAAUCACAGGUUCUCGCGAGGUUCGAAGGCUUCCCACAGAAGAAGCUGGAAGCAGUAAGGUCAUCAGCUGCACUCUACUGCAAGCUCAAAGGGAUAGUCACCGACCUACAGUCAUGGAAGAUGGAGUCCCCACUGGAUAAACUUCUCGACAGGAUCGAGCGAUACUUCAACAAGACGUUCCAGGCGAAGGGAGAUAUCGAUGCAUUCGAUCGAAACAAAGAGGAAGAAUGCAAGCGAUUCAAGGGCCAAAACAUCGAAUUCGACAUGCAGAUCCUAGUCCAAAUCAAGGAAGCCGUGGUGGACCUGUCCUCCAAUUGCAUGGAGUUGGCACUCAAGGAAAGGAGAGAUGUUCCUAACAAUGGUGGUCAACCGAGCAAGACGUGUUGUAAGACGUUGUGGAGGGCGUUCCAAUUCGCUUUCAGAGUGUACACUUUCGCCGGCGGGCACGAUGAUCGCGCCGAUAGGCUGACGAAAGAGUUGGCCCAGCAGAUAGAGGAAGAUCACAAACUGAUGCAGGAGCUUAAUCAGUAAAAACCUGUAUCCCGGUGAAAAUAUUUGAAGGAAUCGAGGAUUUGCAAAUCGGACGGCCGGAGUGGCCGGCUUCUUGUUCGAUAUUAGGGUUCCGUACAUAAAACUGUGAUUACCUUUUUUUUGGGGUUGAAAUUAGGGAAGUAGCGAGAAAUCGACGAUUGAUUCUCCUCGAGACCGUCAAGCUAGAAAAACAAACAAUGUAGCCGUUUUUGUUCUUGUUUUUCUUCUUCUUCUUCUCCCGAUUCAUUGCCAUGUAAAUAGUGGAGUCGCCUUCUCCUUCUAAAGAAACGACCAUAUUGUGAAAGUUCUUGUUCAUUUCAGUUUUGAUGGCGACAGAACUUUCUUCUCCGCCGCCGAGAACAGCAUAAUAAGACUUCAAAUACUGCAAUGCCGGAGUUUGUGAUUUCAGAUGAUAAGUAAAACGAUCACCGGAGACAUAAAUCUGAGGCUCCGCCUGAGGCCUGAGCCCUAUAGAAUCUUGAUCUCCCAUUUGAAGAGUGGAGCGGACACUACCAAAAUGGC